AUGAAAAAAUGGGAUGAUGAUGCAAGAUUGAAGAAUUAUGUUAAUAAAAUACUAAACGUUAAAUCAACUAUGACGAACAAAUUAAAUACUGCUUCAAAAAAGAGAAUCAAUAGAGAUACUGAAUAUAGUAGCAAUGCAACCUAUCGGUCAGAUUUAGUAGGUUUUAAAGAUAGUGUUCUUUAUAAGUAAUUAGAAUAAAGUAAUAAUAGAUAAUUAGUGGAGUACAAUUUAUAAUAAUAUACAAAUAAAUUAUUGUUAAGAGGAUAUAAAAGUGGUUUACAAUAAUUAGCAUCAUAAUCAUAAGAAUCAUAAAACAUUGUCUUAGAAGAGAUAAAAUUAUUACCUGGACAUAGAUAAAAAUUUGUGGAUCUAUUCAAAUAAUUAAAUGAAUAAUAGGAACCUGGCAAUGAUAACAAGGUAGUAAAUCAUAAUAAUUUUGCUUAAAAUCGUAAUACUUUACCUGGUUCAUUGAAUUCAAAUGGAUAAAUUGAUUAAGCUAAAGAAGUAUUCACAGAAAUACUAAAACCCAUAAAUAGAAGAGCAUCUUUAAAAUGUUUUUCACCUUCUCAUGAGUAGACUUAAAUCAAACCUAGAGUAUUACCAAAAUUAGAAAAGGUUUAAAGUAAAGGCAAAAAAGAAAGGAGUCCAUAAUUUGAAGAAAUAAAUUCUAAGUAAUAAGAUUUAUAAGUUACAAAUGUUGUAUAGAUGACAAAUACAAAAGAGAGUAUUUCAAAACAAGCAGCAAAGACAGUUAAGAAUCCUAUUUAAAAUUAAAUAAAGUAAAAAUUGUCUACUUAGAAAUCUCAUUAAGAAAAACCAAAUAAAUUUAUCAAUAAACUAUUGCUGAUUAAUGGGAAAAACAAGAAUGAAAUAAAUUUAGAAAGAGAAUAAAUUUAAAUGAUGUAUCAAUCUUUUGACAAUGGAAGAUUAGCAUCAACAUUGAUUAAUAUUGAUAUUGAAGAAAUAAGUUAUUGUGUUGGUAUUUAAAUUUAAAAAAUGAUGGUUCUUGCUGACUUAGAUUAAAUAAAAAACAUUAAUAAAUAUGCAAUUUAAUAGGUUGAUAAUGUAUCCAGUUUAUCAGAUAGUUAGAAUAUAAUAAAUGAUGAGAAUAAUGGCGAUUACAUUUAAGAUUAGGAUUUCCAAAUGGAGCAAGUUGAUACUGAAAAAUAGCAUAUUAAUAAGGAAUCUCUUUAUUAAGAAGAAGACCAAGAACAAGAUUAUCUUGAAGAGUUUGAAAAUAAUGAACAAUAAAAUUGUAAUCCAGAGUCAGAGUACUUGGAUGAAUAAUUUUAAGCAUAUGAUGAAAAUAAUUAGCAAUUACCUAAAUCUCAAUUUUCAGUUGACACAACACUAAAUUUAUAAGAAUCCAUUUUAUUUAAUAAAGUGUUUAUUGAUAUGUAAUUGACAAAUUAUAUACCAAAUGUGGAUAUCAUUCAAAAUUAUUGUAAAAACAUAAUGACAACAACAAAAAUGGAAAGGGAAGUAGCAAUUAUAUCGAUGAUAUAUAUAAAUAGAUUAUUAGAACAUAAUCAAGGAAUAGAAAUCAAUUGUUUGAACUGGCAGAAAGUGUUAUUUACUGCUUUAGUCAUGGCAUCAAAAAUAUGGGAUGAUGAAUCAUUUGAAAAUAAUAAUUUUGCCAAAGUACUUCCAUAGUUUUCAACGAUUUAAAUAAAUGAAAUGGAGAAGGUGUUUUUAAAAUUGAUAGAAUAUCAUCUCUAUGUCAAUUCUGGAGACUAUGCUUAAUCGUAUUUUAUAUUGAGAACAUAUGCAGAUAAAAAAUAACGAAGCUAUGCUGUCAAAUAACUAGAUAUUGCAACAGUUCUGAGAUUAUAAAGAGGUGGUCAAUAGUUGAUGACAAAGCAAUAAUUUUUAAACACUUUAAAUAAAAGUUUUUGA